CAAGAAAACAAGAGGGAAAAACAACUGAGAUUGCAGAAGCAAAAGCUCAACUGAUUAGGGUUCUUCUUCUUCUUCUUCUCCUCUCGGCCCAUCUUCAACUCCGUCCAGCCUAAGCGCUCUCUCUCGAUCAAACCAUGGCUAACUCGGGGGCGCGGUCGUUUUUACAGGUGGCGGCUACAGAGGAGGUUGCGCCGCCGCUGAGAGUCGUCCAAAUCGAGGGACUGGUUGUUUUGAAAAUUAUAAAGCAUUGCAAGGAGUUUUCGCCAGCUUUGGUCACAGGGCAGCUACUUGGGUUGGAUGUUGGUAGUGUCCUUGAAGUCACCAAUUGUUUCCCAUUUCCAAUACGGGAGGAAGAUGAAGAGAUUGAAGCAGAGGGUGCUAAUUAUCAGCUUGAAAUGAUGAGAUGCUUGAGAGAGGUUAAUGUUGACAACAACACUGUUGGAUGGUACCAAUCAACCCUAUUCGGUUCCUACCAGACAGUGGAAUUGAUUGAGACAUUCAUGAAUUAUCAGGAAAAUAUAAGACGGUGCGUUUGCAUUAUUUAUGAUCCUUCCAGGUCAAACCAAGGAGUUUUAGCUUUGAAGGCCUUGAAGCUCUCUGAUUCUUUUAUGGAACUCUACCGCAGCAAUAACUUUACUGGAGAGAAGUUGAGGGAGAAGAAUCUUUCAUGGGUUGAUAUCUUCGAAGAGAUCCCUAUAAAGGUUUCAAAUUCUGCUCUCAUCAGUGCCUUUAUGACUGAACUUCAACCAGACACUCCUGUUAACCAGUGUGAUUAUGAAAGGCUACAAUUGUCAACCCAUCCAUACUUGGAGAGGAAUAUGGAAUUUUUGAUUGAAUGUAUGGAUGAUUUGUCAAUGGAACAGCAAAAGUUCCAAUUCUAUUACCGAAAUUUAUCUCGUCAACAAGCUCAGCAACAGGCGUGGCUUCAGAAGAGAAGGGCUGAAAACAUGACACGUAAAGCUGCAGGGGAAGAGCCAUUGCCUGAAGAAGAUCCUUCAAACCCCGUUUUUAAGCCAAUUCCAGAACCAUCACGGUUGGAUAGCUUUCUCAUCACAAAUCAAAUUGCCAACUAUUGCAACCAAAUUAAUGGAGUUGCUGGACAAAGCUUCAGCAGGCUAUACUUGAUGAAAGCUCUGCAUGAAAACUGAAUGUUGUGCUUACCAGAACCUUAUUGGAAAGUUUCAAAGGGAAGGAGCUGGGAAAGUAUGGUCCAUCAUAGAAUGUGCAUUUUGUCAAUUUUCAGAUUGUAACUUAAGCAAGGAUCUUUGCUUAAAACUCUUACAGCGGGGGGAAGGGCAUGUUGCUCUAAAUUUGUAUUGAUCUUUCCUUCUGGCUUCUGUUUUUAUUUUGCCUGAUAUAUCAGUUGAUUUAUAUUGCGUAAACAGCAAAAUUUUGGAUGUAAGAUUUAGUGAUAGUUGAUUAAGUAUUCUCAAUUUUGUCAGAUCUGACCAAUCAAUCUGCCUAUAUUUUUGUA